AUGAUCUUAUCGCGCAUAUUCCUGUUAUCCCUCUUUUUUUUUCUAAAGAAUAUAAUAAAUUGUCAAUCCUUUUUACCAGUAUCUUAUGCAACUCAUCAGUUAUACUCAUUUGAUAAGGUAACCCCCCAUGAAAUAAAAAGGAAUUUAAAAAAUACUGUCGGUAAUUUCAUAGCUAGAAAAUUAAAAGACAUUAAAAGUAAAUUUAAUAGUUACAAAAAUUAUGUACAUGAUGGGGAUAUGGAUAAUGAUAACAACAAUAAUGGUUAUAAUAGUAAUAAUAAUGAUAUAACAAAGCACGAUUAUAAUGAAUCAUUAGGAGAAGAAGUAAAAUCGUUACUACAACAAGCAAGAAAUAAAAGAAAAUUAUCAAAAAAAAUAAAAGAAUCUUAUGAACGCGCAUUAAAAAAUUUACAAAAAAGGAAAAAUGAUAACAGUGGUGAUUACAAUGACAAUGAUGAAAAAACUAGUAAAAUUUUACAACAUAACCUAGAACAAAUAAAUUAUUUAAAUAAGAAAUCCAAUUAUUUAGAAAACAGAGCAGAAGAAUUAAAAAAGUAUUUAAAAAUUAGUACGAAUCAAAAUUAUGAACAAGUUAAUAAUUGUAAUAUUUCUAAAACAGGAAAAUUAAAAUUUGUGUCAUCAUCCAACGGUCUGAAACAUUCAAUUGAUAAUGUUGAGGGAAAAAUAAAUAAUAAUGGAUUUACUAUAUUUUACAAAAAAAAAAAAAAAAUUACUUAUAUAUGGAGUGUUUUAGAGUUACCUAUAAAACUAAUUGGAAAUGUUCAACAGUGUUUUUUAUUCGAAUAUAAAAAUAGCAAUCAAAUUUUUUGUGCUGAUAAUAGCUUGAAGAGUGCAUCUUGGAUCAACGCUUUAACCGAAGGAUCCCUUUGCUCAAAUUUUGGAAUAAAAGGAGUGUUAGUCAACAUAAACGAUAUUAAUAAUAAAUUAAUGAAAAUGAAAAAAAUAGAUGAAGAUAUGGUAACUGUUGAUAUAAAAUCCGAGGAUGAGGGGUCAACACAUGUCUUGGUUAAUGGCAAGGAACAAAAGGGAGAAGGAAAUAACAACGUGAUUAAUUUGAACAAUAUUAAGAAAAAAAUGGAAGAAGAGAAGAGGAGCAAAAAAAAAGAGGAAGAAAAAGAGGAAGAAAAAGAGGAAGAAAAAGAGGGUAGAGAUGAAGUGGCGGAAGAUGAAGAGACAGAAGACAAAUUGACGGAAGUGCAAAAAGAACAAGAUGACAACCUAAUAAAUGAUGAAUGA